AUCACUGAUUUAACAACAACAAAAAAAAACACUGCAUGCGGAUGCGGGUGACGAUGAAUAUGAACAUGGCGGGUUCGUUUCCUGUUUUUAGAUGGGUUUGGAUUCCUUAAUCAGUUAUAUACACACGCUUAUAUGUAAUGUAUUCCCGAUUCGAGUGAAUCUGGAGGUGGCGAUUCGUGAUUCGCCCGAAGGACACUUGUUCGAUUUCCCCCCCGUCCCUCUGAUCGCUCGAAUUUUUCAGAAAUUAGGGUUUCAGAUCUUUUUUCCCCAUUGUUGUUUCUACCUUUCCAGCUCUCACGUAGGCGGAGAAACCAGAACAAGGCCCAGUUGAAGGUGUUUACUUGUCGAAGAUAGUAAAAAUAUGGAUGGUUCAGAUGAUUCUUCUGCACUUCAAGAGCCUCCCGACCCCGAGAUUCUUGAAAUCGACCCAACUUCUCGAUAUAUACGGUACAAAGAGGUAAUCGGAAAAGGCGCAUUCAAGACAGUUUAUAAGGCAUUUGAUGAAGUGGAUGGCAUUGAAGUAGCGUGGAACCAAGUACGUAUUGACGAUGUUUUGCAGUCGCCGGAUGACCUAGAGAGGCUAUACUCCGAAGUGCGCCUUUUGAAAUCGUUGAAGCACAAUAAUAUUAUAAGGUUCUAUAAUUCGUGGAUCGAUGAUAAGAACAAGACCGUUAAUAUAAUAACCGAGUUGUUCACUUCGGGUAGCCUCCGUCAGUAUCGUAAGAAACACAAAAAGGUGAAUAUGAAGGCCGUGAAGUGUUGGGCGAGACAGGUGUUAAUGGGUUUGAAAUAUCUUCAUAGUCAAGAACCGCCGAUUAUACACCGGGAUCUCAAAUGCGAUAAUAUUUUCAUCAACGGUAACCAUGGUGAAGUAAAAAUUGGAGAUCUCGGUUUAGCCACUGUAAUGGAGCAACCUACUGUUAAAAGCGUAAUUGGAACCCCGGAGUUUAUGGCUCCCGAGCUUUAUGACGAGAACUACAAUGAGCUCGCGGAUAUUUAUUCGUUUGGGAUGUGCAUGUUGGAGAUGGUGACCUUCGAGUACCCUUACUGUGAAUGCAGAAACUCUGCUCAGAUUUACAAGAAAGUUUCAUCGGGGAUAAAACCGGCUUCCCUCACUAAGAUCAAAGAUCCAAUAGUUAAGAAGUUUAUCGAGAAAUGCUUACUGCCUGCAUCGGAGAGAUCAUCGGCUAAGGAGCUUCUGAUGGAUCCCUUUCUUCAUGUCAGCGGUUUAACAAUGAAUAGCCCUUUGCCACUUCCCGACAUCGUAAUGCCCAAAGAAGGAGCAUUUGGAGAUCGUUGUCUUAUGUCGGAAGGACCUCCUUCGGCGAGAAACCGACCGUCUUCUAUAGAUCUGGACGAUGACAGUAACCUUCCGAUUGUUAAUUCAAGUGACAAUUCAGGAUCCAGGUGUGUUGAAGUUAGACGGGCGAAGCGCGGAAAUUUUUUCGUCCUUAAGGGCGAAGAAAACGACGAGCACUCCGUAUCGCUGAUUCUUCGUAUAGUGGACGAGACCGGACGGGUGAGGAACAUACAUUUCAUGUUCUACCGGGACGGUGACACCGCCUCGAAAGUGUCGAGCGAGAUGGUCGAGCAGCUCGAACUCACCGACCAGAACGUGACGUUCAUAGCCGAGCUGAUUGAUAUAUUGCUCGUCAACUUAAUAUCCGGUUGGAAAACCGAUGUCCCGAUCGACCAUCUGGUUCCUUCGAACCCGAAUCACGACUCGAGAGCCCAUCAGAACGGUUCUCAGACCCAGAAACCGGACGAGAACGUUUGCCGAUCCUCGGACAUGAUAGAGGAACAUGGACUAGACGCACCUGCGUCAUCCGACGAAGGGAAAGGAUCGAAGAGAUCGUCCCGUGAUUCAUGUUCGGAAUCGAGGAGCUUAGAGGAAGAAGAGGAGUUCAGGCAGGAAAUGGAGAAGAUCGAGAUACGGUACAGGGAGGAGAUGGAGGAGGUAACGAGGAGAAGAGAAGAGGCGAUGUCGGAGACUAAGAGAAGGCUGCUUCAGAAGAAGAAGAUGCAACAACAGGUUGAGUAGCUAAAGUGAGAGUCCCUUUAAGAAGAAGAAGAAGAAGGCUCUUCUAGGCUCAUAACCCACCUUCAGACAGGAGUUGUAUGAAAUAUUGUUGAGAACCAUAUUAAAAAUCUCGGCAACUCAGAUAACGAGGUGAAAGACAUUGUUGGCUCCUUAAUUACUACAAAUGGAUUGAAUUAAUUAGAUGAAGACAAAGACAAAUUUUCAGUGAGUUUUUAUUUUUUGGUUUUU